AUGGGCAAAGUAACCGGAAAGGUCUCCGCAAAGCUCUUUUGGAUUGUGUUUAUUGUGGCGAAAUUUUUCUUUUCUUUCACAUGGGAUUUAUCAUUCUAUGUGGCCUCCGUCGCCUACUUAAUUACUGGCGGUUGGCGAUUUGUGCGCAUCUUUCUGUUGACUAUUCGCCGCGAUAUUUUUGCCCUUUCAAUACUGUUGCGCAUAUCCGCAUGGGUAUACUUUCUCGGCCGAAGAAAGCACGGCCUUCGGGAAGUGUUUGCCUCCGUCGUUCGACGUCGGGGGCGAGAUACGAUUGCAAUGAGAUGCCAGGACGAAAAGUGGACCUUUGGCGACAUGGACGACUACUCAAACCAGAUCGCAAACGUUCUACGUGCUAAGGGCAUUGAACAGCGCGAAAAUAUUGCUCUUUUCAUGGAGUCCUGCGCACGCUACUCCGCGACAUGGUUGGGUGCUGCCAAGGAGAGCUUAACCUACGGAGCAGAGGACGGAAAACGCGUUGAAGGCGCUGACCGAUCGCGUUACGACACCAACCCGUCGCGUUGUGCCUUUUGGUUCACUCUUGAGCUCCGCUGGCAGCCGUAUAGUGGUUAUUGUCAUAAGCAAAAUAAUAUCAACGACAAAGACAAAGGAGACUGGAACGGUCCCUUCAGCCGGCCAUACCCAACACAACCGAAAAGAGAAUGA